AUGAAGGUGUCACAGAACAGCCUGAUAGGCAGCUUCAUGGUUCUCAGCCUGCUGCCAUAUGUCCUUGCCACUUUCCAGUUGAAUGCAUUCGUGAGCAACAUGUCAUAUCGUUUGUUUCAGCGAAGCCUACCAGGGUCGCUUGGAACUGCACCCGAAGGAGCAGUGGGCUACUAUCAGCCGCCACCUGGACCUAUUGCCAAUAAUGCUCAGCCAACGGAGACCAGGCCCGUGGUGGAUAGCGCAGUGACAAGCAAAACAGCAGCUCAAGGUCUAUCGCGCGAGCCAGCUGAACUCAGCGGCGCACCACCUGUGACAACUAACGCGCAAGGCAACUUUGCCAUCUUGACUGGAACCGUAACCAAGACACAGGCGACGAUGGAGAGCACACAGGCGGCAACAGCUGGUCGAGAUGUUGGUUUAACCCCGGCCAGCCUAUUCCUCUCCGUUGUCCUAACCGUGUUGCAACUCUAA